CGCCAGUUCAAGCUUUGUUUGGAAAGUGACGAUCAGAACGGCGCAGUAUACAACAACCCGAGGCGUCACCGACCGAGUUUGUUUCUGACAGUUUCCAAAUCUAAUUUAGUACGCUUGCUGACAUACUUGUCGAACAACAUUGUUUUAAUAUAGUACGAUCAAGAUGACAGUGACUAGGUUUUUAUUAACAAGUAGGUAGCGAAUACCGAUCAUGACCGAAGUGUCAGAUUGUUUGGGUGCAAAGCAGCGGAUGGGAAGCGAUAGACGGGUCCAGUUGUCCUGUGCUGGGCGCACACACGGAUUUCACACACCUUGAACUCACCCGUGGACUUACUGAGCAGUUUUAAACUCUAUACGCGAUGGAAAGCGUUGGAAAAUUCGAGUUCAACAGGAAGGACUUGAUAGGACACGGCGCUUUUGCUGUGGUGUUCAAAGGAAGACAUAAACAGAAACAUGAUUAUGAAGUGGCGGUGAAAUGCAUUAACAAGAAAAAUCUCGCCAAAUCACAGUCGCUCCUAGGAAAAGAAAUCAGGAUAUUAAAGGAGCUGAAACAUGAGAACAUUGUCAGUUUACUGGACUUUCAGGAGAUAUCGGGAUGCGUUUAUCUUGUCAUGGAGUACUGCAAUGGAGGAGACCUAGCCGAGUAUUUACACUCUAAAGGCUCUCUAAGCGAGGACACGAUUCGUGUGUUGCUGCAGCAGUUGGCGGGAGCCAUGAGUGUUUUAAGGAGCAAAGGCAUCAUCCAUCGAGACCUGAAGCCCCAAAACAUUCUUCUUUCUUACAGCGCAGGGCGCAGGUCCAACCCCAACAACAUCUGCAUCAAACUGGCUGAUUUUGGCUUUGCACGGUAUCUGCAAGGAAAUACGAUGGCUGCUACACUCUGUGGCUCUCCAAUGUACAUGGCUCCUGAGGUCAUCAUGUCACAGAAUUAUGAUGCCAAAGCUGACCUCUGGAGUGUAGGAACCAUCAUCUACCAGUGCUUGACUGGCAAAGCCCCAUUUCAGGCAAGUACUCCUCAGGAACUGCGCCAGUUCUAUGAAAGAAACCGGAGCCUGAGUCCCAGUGUUCCACGGGAAACCUCCAGUCACCUCAGGCACCUUCUACUUGGGCUGCUGCAGAGGAACCACGGAGAACGCAUGGACUUUGAUGAUUUUUUCCACCAUCCUUUCCUGGAGGCCAGUACAUCCAUGAAGAAAUCCUCUCCAGUGCCCAUGCCCACAUAUCCCAGCUCUGGCUCUGGGAGCUCCAGCAGCGGUUCCUCGACGUCUCGCCUCACUCCUACUCAGUCUGAAACUGAAGCUCCAAGGCCCGUCCCUCAGACGAACCCCACACCACCUCCAGGUUCCCUGCUGAAAGAAUCAUCUUCCUCAGACUCUGAUGACUUUGUAAUGGUGCCGACUCAGUUCACCAGUGAACUAGUCUGUGCAGGAGGGCAGGACAGUCUAAUGCGCAGCGGCAGCUUACUGCUGGCUGUGGGUCGAACGGCAUCAUCCUCCCCAUCUGUCCGAGCCUCCCCAAGCCCUUCCAGGCCUUUGGAGUCGUGUGCCAGCAGUUACGCUCAGUCUGUGCCUGUUCCAGUGCCGACACAGAAACACAACUACCAGAGGAUGGAACAGAACCUACAAGUGUCUGAAAGGACAGCAGCACCUGUACAGCACUGCUGUUUAACUGGGCUUCCAACAUGUGGGAGAAUCGGAGCUUCUCCAGGUUCAGGAGGAUCCAGACCGUAUCUACCCUCCCCACAGGUGGGAAAUGUUCCUGAAACACCCAAUCAGCCUGAACCUGUUGGCAGCAGGAUGGGGUUGCAUACCGCAGAUGCAUGUAAACAGCCUGGUCAGGUCUCUUCUCCCUUCACUGACAUCAAAGCCAUGGAUAAAAACCUCACGCACAGACUCAGGGGUCAUCGGCACAAUCCAGAAUCUGUCAUGCACAGAUGGGAUUUGUAUCGGCGACCCAUUUCUGGUCAAACUCCAAAUACGGCGCUGGUUCAGAGAGGCCUGAUCACCCGAAACAAGACCAUGUCUGACCUGAAAGAUCUGGCACAGUAUCCGGCUACAGGGCCCCGUGUGCCGCUUCUCAGACCAGCGGAAAGAAGGGACACUGUCAAAAGGUCAUUAAGUACCGGCCGUCUCUCAGAUAAGCUGCUGAAGGCUGUGUUUGGACAUCAGUUUGACAGGGGCAGCUGUGAGAGCUUAAAUUCAGAGAAACCCAUGGACACAACAGCACCCCCUGGUGGCAGCGAUGGCACAGAGCCUGGUUCAGGCGGUCCUGCUGGAGUCGUGUUCACAUUGGGCUCUCCCGACUAUGGACACACACCUCCUCACGCCACUCGACCUAGACGCUUCUCAGUGGGCACUCCCAGUCCAACAAGCCCUGGCUGGACCUACGGUCAUUUGCACGAGGCUUACAGCUCACCUGACUUUCUGCACUACGGUUGCACAGAUGCAAUGACAACAAACCUAUGUGAGGGUGUGGCCUUUGUGCCACCUGAACUGCCUGAGGAGACGCUCAUGGAGGAAGGGCAUACAGACUUGUUGAGCCAACUGCGCUUCAUUCUAGCCUUUUCCCACUGCAUCACAGAGGUUGCUGGAACAAAGGACGGUGGGAAUGAAAGGAAUAUGGCACUUGAUGCAUCAUUUUUAGAGCAGAGCGUGGUGGCCGACCAGAUCAGCCUGCUGAGCCGUGAGUGGAGCUCUGCAGAGCAGCUGGUCCUCUAUAUGAAGUGUGCUGAGCUGCUGUCCUGUGCGCUUCACACAGCGAUGGCUGGGAUCAAAGAAGGCAAACUAUACCCAUCAGGUUCUGUUAAACAAGUAGUGCGUAAGCUGAAUGAGAUGUAUAAGAAGAGUGUAAACUCCUGCCGUUCUCUCACUGAGAAACUCCAGCUCUUCUUUAGCAGCAAACAAAGACUGAUGGACCGCAUUAACAGCAUUACUGCUGAGAGACUCAUCUACGCACACACCAUUCAGAUGGUGCAGACAGCAGCACUGGACGAGAUGUUUCAUCAUGGCGAAACCUCUGUAGAGCGAUACCACAAAGCCUUACUGCUGAUGGAGGGCCUGUCCUUAAUUAUUACAGAGACUACAGAUCUAAACAAUAUCAACAAAUGUAGACAGUGUAUUGAGCGGCGGCUCUGCUCCCUCCAGCCCAAAGCAUGUAUGUGAUGAAUCCCCGUUCUUUUUGCUCUGCAUCAAACCCACAACAGCUGCAUUUCAUUUCAUCCCAGUUGCCAUUUGAAAUUCUGUAAACGGAAAACUCACACUCACCCACUUAUAAAAAUGUGAUACUUGGCUUCCAAAGCCAAAAAAAAGGUGAGAAAAGACUUCAUCACAGACAGAGAUGAAAUCUCUAUUGAUAUAUGUGUAUAAACAGAAGCAACAUCUCCGGACUUCAACAUCUAUUUUGUUCACUUUAAAAGAACAUUGAGUGAAACAGAAUCAAGACGUCAUGUUUAAACACUUUGACCUCUGAAUCUACACCAAUGCGUGAUGGCACUUCUUAAGAGAUGAAUUUAAUCUUAGUAAAGCCAGUGUUGGAGUCUGAAUGAGUAACAGCUUGGAUGCUUUUCAUUCAAUCGUACUAAAACAUGCCUGUAGCAUUAGUGUCAUGAAGUUACAUGGAAUGAUCCUGUUUUUGACGGACUGCAUGUUUUUGCAUGAUUCUAAGGAAAUGAUAGUUAUCUGAAGGGAAAUCAUCAUAGUGAAUAAUAAGUAAACCUCUGUGGCCACCAAAAUGUUGUUGAAAAAGCAGCCAGUGGUGGAUGUGUAGUAUUCGGUGUUUCAUCAAUAUGGCUCUAAUGUGGCAGUUGACCAAAAUCAUGGCAAACCUUUGUAGACCUACUGAUAAAGACUCAGUUUCAUAUGAGGGUGGAAAAAAAAAAUACUUGAGAUUUGUAUUAUAGUGACUAUCAUACUGUUAUUCAUGUGUGUGUGUAAAACAGCACUUUAUAAACCCAUUUGCCUUCUGGAUGCCUGAAAAAGAACCACUGCAGAGACAAGCCUAAUGGCUCAUUUCAGGGUAAAUUAACACCUGAAAGUCACAGGAAAUGCAAUACAAAGACAAUCAAAUGCAAAGACAGUCAGUAUCUUGUGUGUAGCAUUUUAUAUCUGUUUUAGCUGUCAGUCUGAAAGCAAUGUUUUAGUUUUCUCUUUGCUUUAGAAUCUAUUGCAAGUAAAUGACUUUUGCACAAUUUGCUGGGAUGACUUAGUCUUUGGUUUUUGUAGUGAUGUGAUAGUGCCUUAAAUGACCUAACCUGGUUUAAUCUCACACUGGACACUCUUGAGACUUACAAUCUGUCAUACUUCCAGCAGUUUCAUAUCAUAUUCAGUCAUUACUUGCACUACUUCUGCAUUUUCCAAUGGCAAUAAAUCUAAAGGUGUUUUGUUUUUUUUUACCAUAUCCGACAGUAGUUUCAUAUCUAGGCGUUUUUAAGGCGUUUAGUCAGAAUUGUGUGUGGUAGGAUGAUUGUGAUGAAUGCACAUGAAAAUGUUUAAAACAAUAGUGAUGUUAAAUUGAGGACAGUUAACUAUUUUGUAUAUGUUGUUACAGUAUUUAUGAUGUGUUUUCUGAUACGUUUGUCCUUUUAUUUCCAUUUGCAAAGCCAAAAUCAAAAAUAUGUGCAGAAUGCAUGUGGUAUGGGUGUGUUAUAAAUAAAUUUCACUUUUAUAUUUA